CGACAAGGCGUAGGAUUAUACUUCUUUGCGACCACCAGUCAACAUUCAAAAUGGCUCCUAACACCAAAUCCGCGAAGGGCAAGCAGGCCAAGAUCACCAAGAAGUUCAUCAUCAACGCCUCCCAGCCGGCGUCUGACAAGAUCUUCGAUGUCUCUGCCUUCGAGAAGUUCCUCCAGGACAAGAUCAAGGUUGACGGCCGUACCGGAAACCUCGGCGACACCAUCCAGAUCUCCCAGCAGGGUGAGGGCAAGAUCGAGGUCAUCGCCCACCAGGAGUUCUCCGGAAGAUACCUCAAGUACCUUACCAAGAAGUUCCUCAAGAAGCAGCAGCUCCGUGACUGGCUCCGUGUCGUUUCCACCUCCAAGGGUGUUUACGAGCUCCGCUUCUUCAACGUCGUCAACGACGAGGCUGAGGAUGAUGAGGAGUAGAUUUUCUGCUCUCCUUCGGACACACAAUGCAGUGGAAGCAAGCUGCCUGGUAGUAGUUAAUUCUAGCUAGCCAAAUGCACUUCUACCGUUACAUAUCUUUCUCUUUGCAAUGCCUGUCUGUGAUAUCCAUGACCGAAUGUCCAUUGCGCUCUAAUCCCAUCAAUUGGCCGAUAUUGCUCGCGGUGUCGUCUUGAUAACCAGUGAGAAAAUGCCGUAUUAUCCCUCUACACUUACCAAUCGCCCAAGUGACAUUGUCCCGGUCUUAACGAUAUUUAAACGCUUUUAUAUACUUCAGAUCUGAGCGUCUAUGAGCCAUCUAUAAUUUUGAGAUAUGUGCCUUGCAGCAAAUGUUCCAUUGGAAAGGCUGACGGGGUUUGUAGAACCCUGAAGAUCGCCCGCCGGCUAAUAAUCGAUAGCGAUUGAGCUCCGACAUCCG